AAGCAAGUUUCUCAAAGCUCAAUCCGCAAAUGAAUCUCGUCUCAUCGCUUAACCACUAAAACCCCUCCCCAGAUCCGGCAUCCCGAUGGCCCGAAUCUUCGAAUAUUUCGUGGUCUGCGGAAUCGGGCCGGAAAUCCGAACUCUCGACGGAAACCGAGGCUACCAUGGCACCGGCAUCAUGUACUUGCCCUCCCUCCUCGAUCAGUACCCUCCGUCCAAUCACACGCUCUAUCCUCCUCCUCCACCGCAGCUCCCCACCUGCGUGCUGCCGGCAGGCUCCCAAUUUUACUCCUCUGGCUUCAAUUCGCGCGAUUCGUCGUCGUUUCCGCGGAGCUACCCCAUUGUGCUGACUGAGGGCGAUGGAUCCAAAAUCUACGUCACCUGCAUUGCCUUUCGGGAUCCCGUGUGUGAGGACAUCGUGGAGGCGUACCGGUUGCCGGCCAAUUCGUUUGCUGACAAGUGCAUCUGCUUCGUCUCGCGUGCCCCUAGCUUUGGGGUUCUGCGCGAUGCGUUGGAGGAGAUAUUCCUGCUGUGUUUCUCGGCUUCUGGGAGCAGUAAGCCACUUUGGGAUGUAAUAGCAUAUUUGGUCUCCAAUGUCCCUUUGCCUACUCCUGGAAAGGAACGGGUGUUGUUUGCUAUCGAAAAUAGCCUUCUUCCUUUAGAGGUUCCGCCGAAGGAUGGGUUUCCUCAUGUUGAUAUAUCCUUCCAGCCUCUAGUCCAGUGUUUGGAUGUUGAUAAUCUGAUCAAACUCUUUACAGCUGUGUUGCUUGAAAGACGGGUUCUGAUUCGCUCAAACAAAUAUUCUCUUUUAACUCUUGUAUCGGAGGCAAUAUGCCAUUUAAUAUAUCCAUUUAGGUGGCAGCAUGUCUACAUUCCGUUACUGUUUUUCAGUGGAGUUGACUAUAUUGAUGCUCCCACACCAUACAUGAUGGGUCUUCAUUCAGGUGUUGACACUUCUGGACUGGUUAUGGAUGGUGUAGUUGUGGUUGACCUUGAGCAUAACAUCAUCACCACUACUGAGGAAAUACCUCCCAUACCUGAGCCAGAGCAUAGUUCUUUGCGCGGUGAGAUAUUGAAGCUGUUGUAUCCUAAUGUUGUUGGUAUAGACCAGAUGAAGUAUGGUUUGUUCUCUGAGCAAUGCCUUAGAGGCGAUAGCAGGCCUUGGGGGGAGGAUCAUGAUCUCCAGCUUAGGUUUAUAUUCUUGAAGUUUUUUGGAUCUAUUCUAGGUGGCUAUCGCAAUUUUAUUGAAAACACUGCAACUCAUAUCUUCAACAGCCAGGCCUUUCUGAAAAAGCGGUCCAGGUCAAGUAACCAGCCACCUGAUGCUAUGAUCAGCCAGUUUCUAGAAUCCCAAGGUUUCUUUGAUUAUUUGGAGAGAGGUCUUGGUUCAGAAGGAAAUGGAAACAACCUUCUUGAUAGGUUACAAGAUGCUAUCGGCAGGGGACAAAAUCCUUUAUCGAUCCUUCCAUCCUUUUCUGCAGAACCUGAUAUUGUAACAAUAUCUGACCCAGGAUUGGGGAUUCCUGAAUCAGGUGCCAAAUAUUGCUAUGACAGGUUUCCUGCAAACAUCAGAACAGAAGAGCAGGAAGAAAAGAGGAAACAGAUUCUAGCAGCAGCUAGUGGAGCUGUUGAAUAUCCUGCAAAACAUGUACAAAGUUCUCCUUCACCCCGUCCUGGUAAAGAUCCUAAGGAGAGCUUAAGUCCAAGGGAGAGAGCUGCUGAAAGGGAACGCAUGGUCCUCGACAUUCAAGUGAAGCUGCAGGGAUUAUGGCUACGACUUCUGAAAUUGGGGGCGACUGAUGAUCCUCUUUCAUCAUUUGAGCAUGGAACCAUCCUUGCUUUGAUUGAGUCUGAUGCUGAGGGAAUUGGUGGAAGUGGAUUCGUUGAAUGCAUAAGAGAGCACAUUCGUUCGGGAUGGACCUGCCAGUUGACAGAUGAGCAGUUUAUAGCAGUGAAAGAACUGCUCAAAACAGCCAUCAACCGUGCUAUAGCUAGGAAUGAUCUGACAACUAUUAGAGAUGCCCUUGAAGUUUCUGCUGAAAUGUAUAAGAAGGAUGUGAACAAUGUCCCGGAUCAUAUUCAGCGCCACCUUCGCUCUCUUUCCAUAUGGGAUGAGUUACGCUUUUGGGAAGCCUACUUUGAUGAUCUGAUUGACCGCUUUUCGAGCAAGUCAACCAAUUAUGCAAUGUUGGUAACAACACAACUAAUCGUUCUUGCUUCACAUAUGGCUGGUUUGGGCAUUGCCGAAACUGAUACAUGGUAUAUGAUUGAAACAAUAGCAGGGAAGAACAACAUUGGAUACAAACACAUAAUUAAGAUAAGGGGAUUCCUGUCACAUAUUCGACAAAUUUGCAUUGGGUAUUGGGGAAUCUAUGCUGGAAAAUCUCAAUCUGUUUCGUCAUUUGGUUUGCCUUCUCCACGGCCACAAGAUGCUGGAGACAGCACCGAGCAAUCAUCUGAGGCAUCUGGUGAUGGAAGGAGCUGGGUUCAGAGCAUGUUUAGCAGAGAUAAAGCCAGUUCUUUUAGUCGUGUCCGGAAGUGGACAUCUGAUGGUGGAAAUUCAGCUACAAAUGAGAAUGGUUCUCUUUCCAAGCAAGAUAUGCCAGCAGCAGCACAAAAGAAGGUGCAGACCAGCUUGCGCAUGCUGAGAGGUCAUAGUGGUGCAGUCACUGCUAUACAUUGUGUGACCAAAAGAGAAGUCUGGGACCUAGUCGGUGAUCGUGAAGAUGCUGGGUUCUUUAUCAGUGGAAGCACAGACUGCACAGUAAAGAUAUGGGAUCCUAGUCUUCGUGGCUCUGAGCUCAGAGCAACCUUAAAGGGACAUACCAGAACUGUCCGAGCCAUAAGCUCUGAUAGAGGGAAGGUAGUAUCUGGUUCAGACGACCAGUCUGUGCUUGUUUGGGAUAAACAGACCACUCAGCUUUUAGAAGAGUUGAAGGGCCAUGAUUCACAGGUCAGCAUUGUAAAGAUGCUAUCUGGUGAGCGUGUUCUCACAGCUGCACAUGAUGGCACUGUGAAGAUGUGGGAUGUAAGGACAGAUACCUGUGUUGCAACAGUAGGCCGUUUUUCAAGUGCUGUUCUCUGCAUGGAAUAUGACGACUCCAGUGGGAUCUUGGCUGCUGGAGGCAGAGAUGGGGUUGCAAACAUUUGGGACAUCAGGGCUGGAAGACAAAUGCACAAGUUGUUAGGUCAUUCAAAAUGGAUUAGGUCUAUCAGAAUGGUCGGAGAAACUGUAAUAACAGGAAGCGAUGAUUGGACUGCCCGAGUGUGGUCUGUCUCUCAAGGAACAUGUGAUGCUGUUCUUGCUUGCCAUGAUGGUCCAGUUCUUUGUGUGGAAUACUCUACUACUGAUAGAGGGAUUAUUACAGGAUCAAAUGAUGGACUUGUUCGGUUUUGGGAAACAGAUGAUGGUGGCAUAAAAUGUGUCAAGAAUGUCACUCUUCAUAGUUCUCCCAUACUAUCUAUAAAUGCGGGCGAACAUUGGUUAGGGAUAGGAGCAGCUGAUAAUUCGAUGUCCCUUUUCCAUCGACCUCAAGAGAGACUUAGUGGGCUGACGAAUACAGGAUCAAAGAUGGCUGGUUGGCAACUUUACAGGACUCCACAAAAAUCAGUUGCUAUGGUUAGAUGUGUGGCUUCUGAUCUUGAGAGGAAGAGGAUCUGUAGCGGUGGACGCAAUGGGAUGCUUCGGUUGUGGGAUGCAACUAUUAACAUAUGAGUGUCUUUCUUUUGUUUGUUUUGUUUAUCAUGCUUGUAUCAAUACAACUCAUGACAGAUUUUAUCUAUACUGAAUUUAAAACCAGUGCAUAGUUAAUAUAAGAAAUCAUUAAUUUGUGAA